AUCCCCGAAGGGGUUCUGAUUUGAUGAUUUCGCCGAGAAUUACUCCGGCAAUCCUCUUCAAUCGCCCUGAGCUUUUACCUUAAAUUGCUCAUUCGCCCUCUCCUCUGAAGUUAUUCAGCUUGCUCUUCGGAUACUACAUACUGUGGGUUUUCUCCAUAGUGGACACUUAGGAGCUUUGAUACGGUAUCUCGUUGCCUGAGGGUCUCUACAGCCAGAAAGCGUCCUCAGAAUGGCACAGCCUCAGAGAUGUGCCGCGGUUGUGGUGGGAGCUGGUCCUGCUGGUUUGGCAGUUGUUGGAAAUCUACUAGAAAAGCGGCUUGGUGGAAAGAUAGCCUGGGUUGAUCCGUACUUUCAAGGAGGGCGAGUCAAUCGGAAGUAUCGCGAAGUUCCCAGCAACACCAAGGUGUCGUUUUUCCAAGCUUAUGCUACCGCCGUUCAACCCUUCAGAUCCGUUAUUGCCGAUACCCGCAUGCCUAAUCCUUUUACGACUAUGGCCAAGCUUGACCAGGAUAAGACCUGUCAUCUACAUCAUGCUGCGGAUGUGGUCUGUGCGCUCACCGACGGACUCACGAAGAUGGACAAUGUUCUGCCAUGCCGGGGUACAGUCACAGCUGCCAAUCUUUCCGAGCAGACAUCCGAUUGGACAGUUCGAAUCAAAUUUCAAGAAUCCCAAGACGAGAUUGAUGUGAUGACACCCCGACUCGUUCUCUGCACGGGGUCAUCCCCCACGGAAGUCUCGAUCCCUAUUACCGGGCACCACAUAGAAAGGCUGGACCUUGAUCUUGUGCUGAAGCCUAGUGAACUAAUCACACAUCUUCCCCACAACAAGCCCUUGGAAAUUGCCGUGGUAGGAGCCUCUCACAGUGCAAUUCUAGCCCUACUCAACCUGGUAGACUUGGCACGCAGCUCCCAUCCUGAACUCCGCAUCAAAUGGUUCACGCGACAUCCGCUGCGUUACGCGGAGUUUAUGGAUGGCUGGAUCCUCCGAGAUAAUACUGGACUCAAGGGUCAUGCCGCUGACUUCGCUCGCCAGCAGUUGGAGGAUGACAAACUACCCCAGUCCGAGGCCGGCCGCUUCAUCACGAAGGUAGACUGCGGGGGCGGCCAGGAAUCAGCCCAAUACCAGCGGGUCCUGCCAUCAUGCACGCAUAUAGUUCAAGCCGUGGGCUUUACGCGAGACCCACUCCCAGAGCUAUCGGUCAAUGGCCGUCCAUUGGAGCCUGACUUUGACUCGGUCUCAGGUGGCUUUUAUGAUCCCGAUGGGCGCAUUGUCCGAGGCCUUUAUGGGGCUGGUAUCGCAUUCCCGGAGCGGGUGGUUGAUCCAUAUGGCAAUGUUGAACAUGCCGUCGGGUUCUUCAAGUUUAUGAAAUACGUCAGACGGGUGACCCCGCUGUGGGCAGCUUCUUAGAUGGAUGGCUCAUGAUGAUUUCAAUCCACUAGCGUGUUUGCCCACCCUCAAUGCCCGGUUCGAUGGCUGUCGCCUCUGGUAGGUUCGCAGCUU